ACUGUAAAGUUCUUUUAGUAGGUAUAGUUUUUGAUAUCAACAGCAGUUUCGGAAACUGCUUGAAAAAAGUUAAAGAAUGAUAUUCAUUCUGUUUUCUUUAGUUUUGGUGAUUAGCGUUCAUGUUGUUAUGACCAAAGUCAUCAUCGAUCCUCACGAAGAAUUCGAGGAAUGUGGCAAUGGAAUGCCGAUGUUCUCGAUGAAUUUCAGUGGACUGGAAAUUACUCGCAAAGAAGAUGGAACAAUCUUUGGCAAUGGCAAAGUAAAAGUCCUUAAGGACUUCAACGCUCCAAUGAAGAUAUUUUACUACACCAAAAAACUGGAACGUGGCUCAUGGACCCGAGGAAUAUUUAGUAGGUUGGUACCGGAUUUCUGUGCUACGAUGAACAACCCUCUUGAGCUGUGGUACAAUGUGACGAGGUUUUUACCGCCUUGUCCUAUAAAAGCAGGUCAAGAAAUAGUACUGGAUAAUUUGAAGGUGGGAACGGUUUUGGAAGUUGUUCCGCCGAAUCUUUUGGGAGAAUGGAGGAUUUACAACGAAAUGACCACCACCAGAGGAUUGAUCCCACAGUCUGAGUGCAAACUGAUCGAGUUUAGUGUGGUGGAAAUUUGAGAGCAUCUGUUUGUUCAAAUAUUUAAUCCUCAUUCUAAUGUUAUAUUAUGAUGCAAUAAAAAGACGAAUGACCAAGUUGGUUAAAAUCCUCUAUAAAUAAAAAAAUA